AUGGCGAGGACCGCCCACCGACCCCACACCCAACGCCGCUGCCGCCGCCGUGGCAUCGUCGUCAUGCUCCGGCUCCGGUCGCCACCGACUCUCCACGAGGAGUGGGCUAUGAGGAGGUGGUUUGACAAAAAAUGUGAUCGCUACAAAGGACACCCCGACACUGUUGAAUGUGAAGGCUUUGGUUCAUGUGGCCCGAAAAUGCCUAAGAAUGCUCAUGCACAUUUUAUGUUGGGUUUGAUGUAUCAAAGGCUUGGUCAGGCACAGAAGGUAAAUCUUUCUCUUGAAAAAUUGAAGUUGCUUAGCGUUUAUGUAAAAGCUCAAGUAGCUGCAGAAACCUUUCAGGCAAUAGCAUCAUAUGAAAAGUCAACUGAAAUACUGCUACAAGAUGAGGAAGAAGUGCGGAGGCCUGAUUUACUCUCAUCAUGCAUUUUGCAAGCAAGUAUGGGGGAUAGUUUUGAUGAAGAGCUUGAAACUGGCGAGGUAGAUGACAUUCUUGCCAAGUUGAAGAGUUCAGUUGAGUCAGAUCACAGGCAAGCAGCUGUUUGGAAUAUCCUAGGUUUAGUUCUUCUUCGGGGUGGUCAAAUACAGUGGGGAUCUAGAGCUGUCUGCAAAGUGCUUUCAAGAACUUCUUCUAAAAGACCAAAACCACCCACGGCUGCUCUGGUGAACUAUGCAGUUCUUCUUCUCUGUAGAUAUGGAUCUUUGGGCAGGGGGCAAUGUCAGCACAGGCCCUUACCUGCAUCAGAAAGAAGCCUUAGUUGUUGCAAAGAGUGCUUACUUGCAGCAGUGAAGGCUGAUCCUAGAGCUGCAUCAGUUUGGGUUAAUCUUGCAAAUGCAUAUUACAUGGAUGGUGAGCAUAGGAACUCAAAGAGGUGCUUGGAGCAGGCAGCAAAAUUGGAACCCAAUCAUAUGCCUGCUCGGUAUGCUAUUGCAGCUCAUCGUAUCAGAGAUGCUGUAAGGUCACAAUGUUCUAAUGAUCAACUUCUUUGGGCUGCAAAUGAAAUGGCAACAGUUCUAAAGAAGGAGAUCCUUCUGCAGUUGAUGCCCCAAUUGCAUGGGCUGGGCUGGCAAUGGCUCAUAGGGCACAACAUGAAAUUGCAGCCGCCUACGAUACCGAAAAACAUCAAUCUUAAUGAUGCAGAAGAGCGAGCUCAAUAUACACUAAAACAGGCAAUCCAAGAGGAUCCAGAUGAUGCUGUUCCAAUGGCAUCAACUUGGCUCUGUACAAUAUUUGCAUGA